GCUAAGCCACGUUUUACACCCGACCAGGACCUUCUACUGAGCGGUCCUCCUGGGGAAGCUGCAGCCUGCCGGCAUGGCUCAGGAAUUUGUUAACGGCAAGAUCCAGCCUGGCAAGGUGGUCGUGUUCAUCAAGCCUACCUGCCCCUACUGCCAGAAGACGCAGGAAAUCCUCAGGCAACUGCCUUUCAAACAAGGGCUCCUGGAAUUUGUGGAUAUCACAGCCACCAACAACACCAAUGAGAUUCAAGAUUAUUUACAGCAGCUCACCGGAGCGAGAACAGUCCCUCGGGUCUUCAUUGGCAAAGACUGUAUAGGUGGAUGCAAUGAUCUCAUCGCCAUGCAGCAGAAUGGGGAACUGAUGACCCGGCUGAAGCAGAUCGGAGCUCUGCAGUAACGGAAGGGAAGCAGACUCCCUGCUGACAGCAGCUGUCCGGCCGAACUGACGCCAGUGCCAAUGCCAAGAACUGAUAUGCACCACAAACACGGCAAUAUUUCCUGGUGACUGGGAUUUUGAACAAAAACAGCUUUUAUUUCUUUUUUUCUCAGUGCUAAAAACGAUUACAAUUUCCUUUUAACCCUGCAGCCAAAAAAAUUUAGCAGACCACACUAGUUAAAUCAUGAAUUCUUCACGUGCCGUCAUGUCUCUACCUCUAAGCCUUCUCAGCCAAGUUUAUACAAACCUCCAGUGAAUCUGUUCCUGGUUCUCUGCUAGUAUUGGUCCAUUGAAAUAAUUCUGUAAAACCUGGCUUUAUAAAGGCUUUAUUAAACCAAUGACUAUUGUGAACUUGUUUUCAUGUCCCAUACAUGCAUCUCCUCCCCAUCCCCAACUCCCUUCUUCAGCCGUCACUGCUCAAUCUUGCCCUCUUCCAGAACUCACAGAAGGUAGUGCACAUUGUACAAGGAUGCUCUUUGAGAAAUCAGAUGAAGAAGCUAUGACCACACUAUCAGACUGCAGAGCAAAGGGCGCCGUCAGCACUGUCUGUAAAGAUGAUUGCCCAGAAAACCCCAAGUAGCUGGUUGUUGGUCUGAGUUAGACUACCAGCAAAAUUAAAUAUGAAAUGCAAAUUGCAAAACAUUGCUUCCAAGAAUGUCUGUAAAAAAGAAAAAAAAAAAGAAUGUCUGUGCAGUCAUUUUCAAAA